AUGCCUGGAGACCGAGAUAACACCGAUCAACUAAAACCCUCAAGAUCGCAACAGGACGAGAACGACUCAAGCAAGUCGCUAAUUACUACCGCCGCUAAAAGCGCGACUACUCUACUCCCUCAAUCAAUCGCGUCGGCCGUCUCAUUCUUCGCGCAGUCGACGUCGCUUUCCCUGCGUAUUGGGACGUAUUUUGGCGGUGCUGCUCUGGGUAGUGCUAGAGUGACAACUCUGACGGGGCUGGAAUUGAGUAGAGCUGUGGUAGAGGCCAUCCUGACGAGGGCUGGGCGUGAUGUUGCGGGACAUAGUCAAGGGGAAUAUGGCAGAUUGGAGGCUGAAUCUAUACUCGAGCGGAGUCUAGCAACAUUACACUCGACUGUAACGUCAACUUCAUUUUUUGCAGCUGCGGGCUUUCAUCUUUCUGAAGUAGCGCUUUCAUCUCUAUCGAACUUGUCGCAGAAUUUACUAUAUACAUUAGAUGCCAUACUGGGCUCAACAGAAUCUUCGCGGGCCAUUGCAGCGAUCAUCACCUUGAUUCGGAAAGAGUUCUCGAAGCAAGAAGAAGGCGAAGGAAACGACGUGGUCGGUGUUGGUGAUUUGCUCGUCGGAUCGGUGGGCUUUGCCCUGUUGCAGCGUUGGGGAAGGUUGAGAUCCGAAAAGCAAUUGCGGGAGUCGGAGGGCGAGGUCGUUAUAUGGGACGUUGUCCUUCUCGAUAAUGGGCUAAGAGCGGAUGUCAUUGGUACGCAGACGAGUGAAUAUACCCAGAACAUGCUGGAUGAGGGCGACAUAUCUAGGCCAGCGUCAUUCACGGAACCAGGCGGGCACGAGGAGUCGAUCAAUGCAUUAGAGCGCGUGCCCGUGACUCGCAACAGCCCUUCUCACAUAUGGAGCCCGUCUGAUGUCCACCAACUAACAGAUGAAGACAUCCGCAAGUACAUCAUGAGCCAGCUACCUCAAGGCAGUCGUGCUUCUGUCCGAACCGAAUUGGUGACGGCGCGUACUAUCACCGUAGACAUAUUCGAUGACGACGUGGCUGAGAUUGCUGCUCCUCCAGGGACGAUGAUGAUUGAGGAGAGAUUCCACAACGACCAGGAGUUAUUAGACGCAUCCAAACGCCUGCCUAAACAUACACUCGUCUUUCGAACAGCUUUCAAUGAAUCACUAAGCACAGAUUUCCGUGCAGAAGAUACCCCGAUUGCGUCUGAGAAGACGGAUAAUGUUUCAGAUAGGAUUUCAGAUGUCACCGAGAUUGACAAGAUGAAACGCGAAAAGGAAUCAGCCAACAAGACCUCACAGCCACCCGCCCCUGAACAUCAUGCAAAUGAAGGGCGGCGAAGACCGCACCGUAUCACGAGUUCAUCCUCCUCCUUGAGUGGCUCAGAUAAUUCACGAAAUACGUUUGGAAAGGCGUCCCUCUCAAAGAUCACGCAAAAAGUAAGGUCUGGACAAAGCGAAAAGUCGAAUCUCAAGAGCAAAGAUACCACAAAAAGAGCGCAAGGGAAGGGACCUUUUGUAUUGUCUAAAACAAACAAAAGCACAAACGAUAGACCUCAGAGAAGAGAUGCAACCGGCCCGACACUUGCAAGCGUCAACCGCGCCCUUCCACCUGUCCCGGUCACUAAUCACCCCAGGUACCGAUCAACACCAUCUCCAACCGCGAGCAGAGUGCCACAACCCCAUCGAGCCCCCUCAAGAGCAGGCUUCUUUCCUCCAAAUAAGGACACCGAGUCCUUCGUGACUCAUACCGACUCCUACUCCGUUCAUUCGAUAGAUAGCCGGCCUGGAUCUGCGUCUUACACACGGACUCAUAUUCACAGCAGCAGCUCACUAUCUCGAAACCGACCAGAAGAUGUCAAAAAUUCGUCAAAGCGUGAUUUACAACAGCCAGGGUCCCCCCAAACACAUCGGCGUUCACGUUCGUUUGUGCCUAGCAUUUAUUCUAUGGCCACCGGCUCCGAGACGUCUUUGAUACUUGCCCCUCGUCCCCGGAAAAGUGUCUAUGAGGAUGACUCAACCAUCAUCAGCCUGAAUCGGAAUGGCCUAGUCCCAGGAAUAUUUCCCCACAACCACCUGGUCAAUAACAUCCGUCGCUUUUGUCGUUUUUCGUCCGCAUCUUACGGUUCUAGUGCACUGAAGGUCAUGGGAGUACAGCACGAUCAAAAAACAAUCCAAUACCAUGACUUUGAAAAUCAAGAGCAUAGCUCCUUCUCGAACAUGACUGGUCUUCCGCAGUCUACCAUCCUUCUAUCUUCAUACGUUGACCCUGCUGGCGGCAGUAACUCUGCCGGAGAGACUGAGAGUGGAUUUCCUCUUGUACAUUAUCUCUUUCUAGAUCACGAGUCAAAGGCAGUUGUACUUGCUCUCCGGGGGACUUGGGGGUUUGAGGAUAUCCUCACAGAUAUGACAUGCGAUUAUGACGAUCUCGAAUGGCAAGGGAAGAAUUGGAAAGUCCACAAAGGUAUGCAUGCAUCUGCCAAACGACUCCUAGAAGGCGGUGGCAAAAGAGUCAUGGCGACAAUCCAAGCUGCCUUAGAAGAAUUUCCGGAUUAUGGAGUAAUAUUCUGCGGUCAUUCAUUAGGUGGUGGUGUAGCGGCUCUUCUUGCAACAAUGAUAUCUCAGCCGAAUGCUGAUAUAUCUGGGCCGUCGUUCGUGACAGCUUCAGCUUUACAGGCGACAAAACCGCUGCUGCUUACGGCAAGCCACCAACAAGAAGCUGCAAAAACGUUUUCGCUGCCACCCGAUCGACCCAUUCACGUCUACGCUUUCGGUCCGCCAGCGUGUAUGUCGCCCUUCCUACGCCGAGCCACACGAGGCCUCAUCACAACAGUCGUCAAUGGCAAAGAUGUCGUUCCCACAUUAUCUCUCGGUAUCUUACAUGAUCUUCGCACCGUAGCUUUAUCAUUCAAAAGGGACACGACUGACUCCAAAUCACAUAUCCGCUCCCGUGUCUGGGAAGGUCUCCGACAAAGCAUCUUGAACAAGUUUUACGUCAACCAAACACCCAUUUCCAUCAAUGCCGGCGAGGGCCUCGGCGAAGAUACAUGGGCAUGGUCCACACUGCAAAGCCUACGCAAUGAAAUGAUUGCGCCCAAACUCGUGCCUCCUGGGGAGGUAUUUGUGGUUGAUACGAUGCGAGUUUUGCAACGUAAUCCUUUCACAACCGGCGGCAGCUUCAGUGAAGGAAGUCAUCCGCAAUUGGGUAGACCUGCGACCAGGGUUCAGUUGAAGUUUAUUCGAAAUGUAGAGACGUAUUUUGGUGAGAUGAAGUUCAGUUCGGGAAUGUUGGGGGAUCAUAAUCCGGUCAGGUAUGAGGCUAGUCUGGCUGCUCUGGCGAGGGGUAUUAUCGAUGAUUGA